AUGUCCUCUAUUGGUUACGUUCCAGAGCAUUUCUCCACUCCAAUCGCAUUUGCCCAGUCGAAAGGUUUCUUCAAACAAUUUGGAAUCGAAGUUGAACUGAUCCCAUAUCCUUCGGGGUCGGGCCAUUUGAUCCAAUCUCUUGAAGACAAUUCUCUAGAUAUAGCCAUUGGGUUGACUGAAGCUUUCGUUAGAGGGAUUGCUCAGGGUAAAGAGAACUAUAAAUUGAUUGGUACUUAUGUGUCUAGUCCUUUGCGUUGGUCAAUCAGUACAGGUUACAACAGAGAUGAAUUAACAACUCAAGAUCAAUUACAAGGGAAACGUAUUUCAAUCUCAAGAAUUGGGUCAGGUUCUCAUGUUAUGUCUUUUGUCCUAGCAUUACAACAAGGAUUCACAAAGCCUUUCUAUAGUGGGUUCCCAAUCUUGUCCAAUUUUAAGAAUUUAAGAGAUUCAGUAAAUUUACAAAAUGAUGUGGAACCAUCAGAUGCGUUCAUGUGGGAACAUUUCACUACAAAGAGAUAUUAUGAUAAUAAAGAGGUUAAAAAAAUUGGUGAAAUUUAUACACCAUGGCCAUCAUGGGUUAUUAAUGCUAGAAGUGAAUUGGUUUCUAAUGCAAGGGAACAAUUGGAUGGUUUCAUAAAAGCAAUUGAGUUGGGUAUUGAUUAUUUCAACAAGAAUCAACAAGAGGCCAUUGAAUAUAUUUAUACAAACUUGGAUUAUAGUGAAGAAGAUGCAAAAGAAUGGAUCAAAACUGUUGAAUUUAAUGAAGGUAAAGUUGAUACAGUGAAUUGGGAAACUGUUGUUGAAAACACUUCAAAAGUACUUGUUGAAGCUGGAGUUUUGGAGGAAUCAUCUGAUUUGAUUGAAUCUAGAUUGAAAGAGGGGAUAGUUAGUGUUGUUUAA